CUCAUCCGCCAGCAUGGCAUCCGCGUUCGCAUUCACGCCCUCCUGGUGGACCGCUACGUGCAGACCUUCAAGGAGAAGAUGAGCUUCUUCAGCGACCCCGAACUGGUCUUCAAGGAGAUCGUGGACGAUCCCGACAAGUUCUACAUUUUUAAAUCCAUCCUGGCCAAAACCAACGUCAGCAAGUUCGACCUGCCCAACCGAGACGCUUACCGCGACUUCUUCGGGAUUAACCCAGUAAGCAGCUUCAAGCAACUGUCGGCCCAAUGCUCCUACAUGGGCGGUUGUCUACUGGAGAAGAUCGAGCGCGCCAUCACCCACGAACUGCCCUCUCUGCUCGGCAGCAUCAACUCUAGCAAGAACCCGACUUUGUCCUCCUGCGAGGCCACCGGCUGCGGGGAAAAGCCCAAGAACCGCUACCGGCGAAACUGAGAGAAGAAAACCAGGUGGGAGGGAGACCGAGGAGGAGGACGAGAGAAAGAAAGGAGGAACGGUGGAGCGAACAAACCGAGGAGGAGCAGUGGAGCUAAUCCUGUUCCUGCCGCGGGUCCGUUAAGAGUCAAUGGAGACGGAUCUCACAGGACUUUUUUUUUGCGUGAAGAGGUUGUGUGUGGGGAUGUUUGAGGGUGGGGGAUUCUGGGAUGGGGUGGAGGGAGGCUCUUGUGAAGUCUUGAGGCAGAGUUUCUUGAGAAUGCGAGGAGAGCGCGCCAAAACAACUCUCCUCUCUUUCCGCACUACUUUUAUAAACUGUCUGCAGUUUUGGAGGGAAAAAUGUGUACGUAUGGAAAGACAAAAAUGGCUGACACACACUUAAAAAAUGUAAAAAAUAGCAAAAAUAAAAUAUCCUGAGACUGAAAA